CCAUCCGAGCGCGGCCACGACGGGAUUCCUUCUGCCGAUUCUCGGGUUCGCAAGCGAGGGAAGAGAGGAGGACACAAGGGACAUCGGACAGUCUCGGGACGAACCAUGAACUUCCCCGGCAGCAGCGGCGGCGGCCUCGGUGGUGGCCUCGGCGGACUGGGUGGCUCUGCUGGUGGUGGUGCCGCCGGUGUCCCCGGAAUCCCGUCUGUCGGCGGGAGGACCGGGGCGCCCGCGUCGGCGGGGUUCGAUCCGAACGACCCCAACGUCAAAUGGCUCACGAAUGCCAUGGAGUCGUGCUACGCGAAGACGGCCAUGAGCGGCGUUGCGGGGUUUGCGCUGGGCGGGUUGUUUGGCAUGUUCAUGGCUUCGAUGGCUUACGAUACCCCCUUCCACACGCCGGGAGCGCCGGGGGCGCCAGGGGUCCCCGGGGUCCCCGGGUCGUCGGCGGCGACCACGAUCUCGUCGCUGCCCCUGCGGAAACAGCUGGCGCACGGGUUCAAGGACAUGGGGGCGCGGUCGUGGAGCACGGCCAAGAACUUUGGCGCCGUCGGCGCGCUCUUCAGCGGCAUCGAGUGCGGCAUCGAGGGGCUCCGGGCGAAGAACGACAUGGGCAACGGCGUCGCGGCCGGGUGUCUGACGGGCGCCAUCUUGGCGCGGAACGGCGGCCCGCAGGCGGCGGCGGUCGGGUGCGCCGGUUUCGCGGCGUUCAGCGCGGCCAUCGAUGCGUGGAUGAGGAUGCCCAAGGACGAGGACUGAAGCCGUUUUUUUUUCAUCCGGGGAAGGUGUGAAGAUAGAAGGUGCUGUACUACUACUACUACUAUAUGUUUGGCGGCCUUUCCUGUUGUUCUCCGGCUAUCUUGGUUGCUAGGAGGGACGGCACUUUUGUCUUGUUUGAUGGCGUUGGCGUUUUU